UAUAUACUACCGUGAAUAGUCAACGACGAAAAGGGAAAUGACUUCUUGACAGCAGAAACGAAAAACUAAUUUUCCAAAGAGUCUGUUAUCGUGUAUGCCGAUGCUGUUAAUGUACGAGUUGCAUCAUUGCGACAACGUGAUCAAGCAAGAAUGAAUAGAAAUGAACGAACCGUUCAUUAGAACGUUACGCACAAGGAGGCGACGACAGUUGACCUUAGAUUUAACAUGAUGAUUAUUGUUACGACUAUAUAGCGAAACAAUAGUGUAUUUAAUCUCAAAUUAAUUCUAUGAAAUUUUCAAUGGCAGUAAUAUCUUCGAAUGUUUUCGUCGUGAGGUAUAUUAGAUUAGCUGUAUUCUGUUAAACGAGUGCAUCUUAUGUAAAAUUUACGGAAGAAAUAUCAGAAAUUUUUAAAGAAUAAUCAACAAGAUGGGAUCGGAACAAAGUUCGCAAAGUGGUACGCAAAAUGCGAAUGUUAACAGGAUGAGAACAACGCCUCUACGGCGUGGUAAAAGCGUACCAAAUCGUGAAAGAGUACCGGACGAUACACCGCCAAGAUGCAUAAGUCCUGGUGCUAGUAUAUGUUCUGAUUCUGAUCUACCCUAUAUAUCGUACACGGUAAACAGACCAAUCGGAGAUUCGCCGAAAAUGACUAACAAACAAUCACAAUUAUAUAGAGGGAAAAGUUUGGGUGCACAAGAUAUAUCUAGACGUAAAAAUAGCAUAAGUACUAGCAGUCACAGAAAAACUACCUCCGAUAAGAUUCACAACAUAGUGGUAGUAAAACCAGCUGCUGCAGAUCCCACAACCGACAAAGAUCCUGAUUUGGUUAAAUUACAAAGCAUUCCAAUGUUCCUACCUAUCAUGCGUGGCACCUUAAACUUACCUCCAGGUGUUAGAGAUCCAGAAGUACUAGAAAGACUAGAUCCAAUCGGUUUGUUCAAUCUGUGCGCACGCUAUCAGCAUCACCUCAAUACUAAUGCUCAAAUGAUUGCUGGGGAACAAGCUGCCCUAUGUAUCGUCUCCAAUAUCGAUCAAGAAGUUACCGAGAUUCUUCGUUUAGUAGCAGAAAGGCAAAAGAAGUUUGCCAAGUUUGCGGAACAACUGAACAAAGUACAUGAGCUUAGCAAACAAUUGAGUAAAUGUCAUUCUCUUCUUAAUCAAACAUUAGAGAGUCUAGAAACACUAAAUAAUCUUUUACCUAUAGAAGAGAGAUUGGAACCAUUCGUAUGGACUACUGGAUAGAAUUAUCAUUAAAGAUAUCAAGUUGUAACUUCAAAAAUUAAAU